GAAGAGCAGCGCACACAGAAACGCGUCGCUGUACAGCUGAGCCGGAGGACAGAAGCGACACAAAGUAACGCGAGCCGACAUGACCGUGUUCGCCAGGUCCGACAGCCUGGUCCUUUCCAUUCCGAGCAGCAGCACCAGCAGCAGCCUCUACACGGAGCACUUCGCCUUCAGCCAGAUGCCCCGCAGCAGAGAGCCCGAGAUCUUCACGUUCGAAGAGAGCCCCGCCGCUAUUCCGCAGCCGCACAGGAGCGCGUCGCUGCGGCAGCGCAGGAAGAUCACCCGGGUCAUGUACCCGUCCAAGGUGCGCAAGUACCUGCCGCCCGCCGAGAAGAGCCCGGUGAAGCGCUGGCUCAUCAUCCUCUGCCUAGUGGUGUGCGUGCAGAUCUACGCGGAGGAAGGCUACACCACGGAGAGUCCGGCCGCUGACAGCGCGGCUCCCGACACGACGAGCCCGGCCCCGGGCGAGGUGGAGCUCUCCUUCGCCGAGUACCACGUGCUCCCGUUCAGGUCCGCCGAGCUGCACGCGCGCCACAUGAAAGACGCCGGCGAGUCGUCCGCAGAACAGAAGGCCGAGCGGCCCCCGCUCAACGUCAUCAACAAGACGUGCCCCGGACCCGGCACCUCCUCCGGGGAGCCCGGCGCCGGAGCCGCAGUGUACGAGCAGCAGAGCAGCGGGAGCUGUUACGUGAUGGCGCUCCUGUACCCUGUGUACCACCGGCUCGGCAGCGAGCAGUGAACGAGCGCGGCAUGAAGCGAGCGACACGCCGCAUGAUGGUCGAAACGCUGGGUGGUGGGGGUCGUGCGUGACGUGAGUAGCUGGAAAGAAAGAAAGGCCUGAAGCCCCCCCAGUAAGAAACAGAAAAAAGGACUAGUGUAGUGGCGCUCGAAGCUGCUGCCCGUUUCUCCCUGAAGCGCUUGAAUGAGGAGGAAACUUGAACAACUGACCUGCUCUGUUUAAACGAAGGAAGGAAACUUGAACUUGAGCGUGACCUUAACUGACCCGAAGUGUUACUUCACGGAACUGAAAAGACACCCCGCCGGAAUUCCCCACCGUGCCGCGCGCGCCGGACUCUUGCGCUCACUCGGCUCUGACGUCAUUCCAGUGUUGGCGGCGGAAGAGGGGCGCGAGACUUCGGCAACUCCACCUCAACUAGCACAUGAUGAUGUACGAGUUCUUUCGCUCGAUUGUUGUACAGAUGUGUUUGUUUGUUUGUUUGUUUGUUUGUUUUAUUUAUUUAUUUAUUGUAUUUAUUUUGUAAGCUUUAUUUAUUAGAAUUCUUAAUAAACCCACAAAUGAA